CGGCGCGGUUAGAGGGAAAUCAGAGUUUUUACAAUUUUACAUAUUAAUCUCCACAGUUUUAUGGAUACAUUUAAAUUCAAGGAAUCUAGACCGCUAAUCAUAAUCCACUGCUGGCGCCUCAUAUUCUAGGAUUGACGCGUUUUUAACCUACAGUAUUUUGCCGCGAACAUGGAAAGCAUCUGAAUGGUUGCUUCAGUUCUUGUGAAUUUGGGAUGUCGUGUUGGUUCCCCUCCACAUUGUGGUGAAUACUCCAAAGAACUAAAGAGGCUUGUGUGCAGUCUAUCUGCUGACCUGACUGACCAUGGGUCCCCUCGCUACACCUAAAAAAGGAAGAGAAGAAGCCUCUGGUGAUCCAUGGACUCCAACUUCCAACCUCAAAAUGCUCAUCAGUGUUGCCAGUCCUGAGAUCAGGAACCGAGAAAAGGAGCUGGUCCUUCUAGACAGUGAUGGCCGGGUUGAUCUUGACCCCUUACAGGAACUUGAAAACGUGGAGGAUUCCGAGAAGAUAAUUAGCAGAAAAGAGAAGAGUCUGGGGUUGCUUUGUCAUAAAUUCCUGGCCCGCUACCCAGAUUAUCCAGACCCCAACGCCAACAACGAUAUCUGCCUGGAUGAUGUUGCCACAGAGCUCAAUGUGGAGCGGCGGCGCAUCUACGACAUCAUGAAUGUGCUGGAGAGUCUCCACAUGGUGAGCCGCUCGGCCAAGAACCGCUACGGCUGGCACGGCCGGACCAAGCUGGCCCAGACGCUGGCCAUUCUGAAGCAGGUGGGCGAGGAGCAGAAGUACGACCAGCAGAUGCAGCAGAUCCAGCAGUGUUUAGCUGAGAACGCUCUGGAUUUCAGCUGGAAGGACAAGGAAAACGAGCCGGUGACGGCGGCGGCGAAGGAGGCGGCGGACCGUGAGGAGCAGUUUCAGAAAGAGCUCUUCUUUGUGGAGCUCCCAGGAGUGGAGUUCAAAGCUGCCUCUGUUAACAGCAGGAAGGAUAAAUCUCUGCGGGUGAUGAGCCAGAAGUUCAUCAUGCUCUUUCUAGUCUCUAACCCCCGUGUGAUCAGUCUGGACGUGGCCGCCAAGAUCCUGAUCGGAGAAGACCAAGAUGCCUGUCAGGACAAGAACAAAUACAAGACUAAAGUGCGGCGCUUGUAUGAUAUAGCGAAUGUGCUGCGAAGCCUGAAGCUCAUUGAGAAAGUCCAUGUGACGGAACAGAGAGGAAGGAAGCCGGCUUUCAAAUGGGUCGGCCCUGAAGAAUUUCUACAAGUGAAUGACUUGAAUGCUGAUUCGAAAUGCACUUCCAAGAGGAAAGGUGUGCUGGAGUCCCGCUCAUCUGCUGACAACUGUGCCAAAAACCUUUUUUCAUCCUCCACCAACAAGCGCAGCUUCACUCGGCACGCCUCCCUCAUAAAGCUCGCCAAGAGCAUCCAGGACGACCGGCGCAAGAUCAGCUCUGCGCCCAGCAGCCCCGUCAAGGCCGCUGCUGGUGACUCGUUGAAUGCCGACUUCCCGAGCAAAAUGGCCCAACUUGCUGCUAUAUGUCAGAUUGAACUUGACCAGGCAUCGACGACCAAAGCUGCCGAAGUGCCACCUGCUGCUGUAACGUUGCUCCCAACCGUCUCCACUUCGAUGGACCCACCUCAGGCACCAUUACUCACCCCCACCCAGGAGUCUGGAGUCAACACUACAGUGCCCCCCGCCCAUCGGACCCCCGUGGCCGUGCAGCCCGCCGCCUACGUCCCCGCCCAGUGUUCGCCCCUCAUCCCCGUCCUGCUGCCCCAGCAGCGCGGCAACGGGCCCUACCCCGUGUAUCUGUACCCCUCCCUGCGGCCCAACCCCCUGGCCAAGCCGCAGCCCACCAGCCUGGCCGUGCGCUCCAUGACCUUCGAGGAGAAGACCGGGCAGAGCCCGAGCGCUCCGUCUGCCACCAAGGGCUCCUCCGACGCCAGUCCCUCAGCGGGGAAACGGCUGCGUUCAGAUUCCACGUCUGAGAGCAGCCCCUCCAAAACCAAGAAGGAUGACCCCGACUUUAAGGACGCCUCUCCGAAGCUGUGUGAGAUCCUGCAGGCCCGGCUGAAGGCCCGCCGCGGCGGGGAGCUGACGAGCCGCCCGUCCCCCCGCGCCCUCCACCUGGACCCGGAGUUCGUCAACACCCCCGGCGGCGCCGCGGCCAGCCAGAUGCUGGAGGGGAGUCUGGAGGUGCUGCUGGACAAAGAGGACAAGGCGGCAAACUCUGACAGCGAGGCGGGCCUGACGCCGAUCAGAGCCGUGCCGAUCGCAUCCUCACACCUUCACACCGAGACGUUGGUCCCAGCAGGAUAUUUGAUCCCCAUCUCACAGCAGUCCUUCAUCACCUAUAAGGAAAUUCAGGGUUCGGCAGGAGAAAGCAGCAAGGCCUCGCCUCCAAACAUCUAUCAAACACCAACCGCAGGCUCCAGACCUGCCCUGGCUCAGGAGAUGACGCCCACCAGCCUCCGUAUCCACAGACCGGCCGCCGUGGGCGCCUCCCCUCACACCGCCGCCGCCGCCCAGCAGGCCCACCGGCUCCACAGCCCCAGCCCCGCCAUCCUCAACUUCACCCUGCAGAACCUGGGUCUGAUCUCCAACCCGGCCAACGCCUUCGCCGCGCCGCAGACGCCGGAGCACUCCGCCGGCCUGCCGAGCCCGCUGAGCCUGCAGCAGAGAGGCUUGGUGUUCAUCAAACCCGUGUCCCCGGUGCCGGUGCAGCAGACCGUCUCCCCACAGCCGCUCGCGCUCAUCAGCGUGCAGCAGCCGUUGCUGACCACCCCCAAAGGGCCGGGACUCCCCCCGCACAGCUUCUUCCACACGCCGGUGUCCCUCUCGCCCCUGGCCACCGUGGUAACCGCCGGCGCACACCAGGCCGCCAAAACCGUUUACGUCCCUCAGAGGAAGCUGGACGUCAAUGCGGAGGAACCCUGAGGAACUCUGGGACGCCUUCGUACUGUUUGCGUGGGUGACCGGGCGUGUCGGGGCGUGGAUGUUCUCUCUCCUACAUGUUCCAGCAUUGAUUACCUCUGAACAUUUCACAGCCGCCCCGCCGCCCGCAGUCGCACCGCUCACCAACACUAGUGUCAUAUGCAUUGUCUUGACUUUUUUUUUUUACUAAAUUUCCAUCUUCCCCAUAGCCAGAAGAGUUCGUUUUCUUUACUAAUAUUUUUGCUAAUGUGAAUGUAUGAUAAAUAUACAUUUUCAAUCAUCAAGACGAGUAAAAGUCGCCACAGUGCUUUUGUAAUAUCUCAUGAGAUCACUUAUUGCACACGUGUAUAUUUGAACUGUUACCCCCCUCCAGUGGAAUUGUUAAGAAUGUGUGAAUAUCUGUGAUGCAGUGUGAGACUAAAUAAUACACUGCUGAACUUAAUUUAUAAGAAGA